CCCCAAUCGAAGAAAAGUUCAAUAUCGACUGAGAAUAUGCACAAGUUGCAUUGGAAAUAUAUUUGCCUGGUGUACCACCUGCUCGGAAUCGUGGGAUCUGCCAGUCCUGAACAACCGGAGGUAGACUGCACGGUGAAUGGAACAUUGGCCUUAUGUCCCAGCCCCUGUCCGGAAACCUGUGAGUUUCUGAGUGAAACCUGCACGAACGAGUGCGGUGGACCCUGUGUGUGCAAGGAGGGUUACAUUAUCGACGGUGAUCUCAGGAUCUGUGUCCUAAGAUCGGAUUGUCCCGCGGAACUGAGGCAGACGACGAUACCCCUGCACUAUCCCGUGAAUAUCAAAUAUUUCGGAUCGUAUUUAAUCCACAACGAUUCUACGGACUAUAAAAGCUGGGAAGUGCGGAUACGCACGAUUCGAAAACCCAUCGCAUUGAAUGAAGACUAGUCUGUUGGAA